AUGAAAUUUCACAUUUUAUUAUUAUUAAUUGUUAUUAUUGGUUCUGUUAUUGCCAAACAACAAUACAUUCAAAUUAAAGAGUAUAGUGACAAGUGUAAGAGUGUUUACACUGAAAGAUAUGCUCUUACAGACACUUGUCUUUAUGGUACCCAUUACAGUUGCAAUGGAUUGUUUGAACCAAAGGUAACCAUCAGUCAAUAUGUUGACAUGGAAUGCAAAGAGUCAACCAAAAACACAACCUAUCCAACUGGAAAGUGUGUCGAUGAUGUCUACUUUUCCGAUGCUGCCUCUGUAGAAUUCAAAUGUGUCGACAACUUUGAAUUGCCAGACGAUACAUUUACCACCAUCUUUUACAACGGUACCUGUGAUGACAACUGGAAGCAAACCACUGUCUUUUAUACCGAAUCAGUUUACCAAAAUACUUGCAUCCAAGAUAUCGGUAACAACACCUCUUAUUAUAUUCUAUGUGAAGACCAAAGUGACAGAAACUACUUUAGAUACAAUUUCGAUGACCAAGAUUGCUAUGGUAUCACUCCAAAUGCCACUGAAGUUCAAACUUAUCCAGCUUGUGUUAAUAUUUUCAACCUGAUUGAAAGUAAACAACAAUUGCAACAACAACAACAACAACAAUAUAUUAAAAUAGAACAAUACAAUAAAGAGAGUGAAGCCAAUUGUUCAAAUGGAGCAGCAGUAAUAAUCCAAUACUUUCUUGCUGACAAUUGUCUCGUGGGACAACAUUUUAGUUGUGUCGGUAACAAUGUGAUUUACAAAUCAUCACAGAAUGUAGAUUGUCGACACUUUGAUAAGACCAUCGUAUAUCCCAUUGGAGAAUGUGUCAAUAAUGGUGAAGAUAACUACAACUCUAUCUUUUUGUGUGUCGACAAUUGGGAGUUUACUAGUAAUUCUCUAACAUCUAUUGGAUAUAAUGGAACCUGUGAAGAUGAUAAUGAUAAAGAUGAUGAUAAAGAUAAAGAUGAUGGUCUGUUAUGGAAAGAUAAAACUAUACUACUAGUCAAUUCAAUAAUACAAGGUGCAUGUUUACGAAAUGAUAAUAAGACAUCGUAUAUGGUCACAUGUCAAGACAAUGACGAUCGUUACUAUCAAUACUAUGAAUUCGAUGGUGUAGGUGAUUGCUCUAUCAACUCGACACUACAAAGAAAAGAGAGAUUUGUACAUGACUGUAAUUCUAAAGAAUCUUAUAUUACUCUUUGCACUUAA